UAAUGGAACAGAUGCUUUGUUUUCUCGGAAUACGAACGGCUCCGAGUCAAACCCACCAAAUGACGUUCUAGGGUUCUCUUAACGCUAUACAGAGGCGAGCAAAAAUCUGCAACCGCCGCCGUUCGGCUUCCAGUCUAAUUCAGGAUUUUUUCUUCUGAUUUCUUCAUCCUUUCUUGAUCUGAAAACGAACGAGCGAGGUUUUUUGGUGGAAAAAAAAUGGAGGAGGUGGUUGAAGGAGAUCAAUAUUUUGUUUCUUUGGUCAAGCUUUUGGCGUCCUCCAACAAGGCGACUCGAGACAAGACCCUCCGUGUAAUCAUCAAGACAUGGCUUCCGACUCAAACGAGCCUCUCCGAUGGCGAUAUGAAGAAGCUUUGGAAGGGUUUGUUCUACUGUGUUUGGCAUGCGGACAAGGCUCCUGUUCAAUCUGAGCUUAUUAAUCGUCUCGCUUCCCUGCUUCUCCAUCUCGACCUCCCGCUAGCUGUUCAAUACUUCUCUGUUUUUCUUCUCACCAUGCGUCGUGAAUGGGCCGGCAUUGAUGCGCUCAGGUUAGAUAAGUUUUACCUUUUGAUUCGUAGAUUUUUGCACCAGUUUUUUGCUUUGUUGAAGAAGCAUUCUUGGGAUUUGGAACUAUGUCGUCGUUCGGUUCAAGUUUUGGAAGAAAGGGUUUUUUUCACUGAUGAUAAGUUUUAUGGGAGUGGUGUUAAUUACCAAAUUGCUUCUGUGUUUCUUGAGGAACUUAGGCCGUUUCUUCCUCUUCAGAAGGAAGUUGUUGAUAUUCUGUUCAAGCCAUUCAUUUAUUCCAUGGCUAAGCUGUCAGAUAAAGUGUUGUUGGGAAAAAUUAAGUCUAAUCUUUUUGAUGUGAUUCUUAAAAUGGGGAAGCAAUUACUUGAGCGUCGAAAAUGUGGAGAGGAUGUUGAUUCUGAUGAUGAUAUGGUUGUGUUGGGUUCAAUUUCAUUGACAAAUUUAUUCUCAACUACAUUUUAUGAUUUGGGUUCUUCACCUGAUUGCUGUCAAGGGAAUAGAAAGGUACUGUUUGCCAUGCAUGAAGAGUAUCAGAAGUUGGAGAAAGAUAUUAUCUCAUCGGGGAUUGAGAUUUCGUUUCCAGAUCUUCAAGAACAAGACGUGGAUGAAGUGCCUACUUUAGUUCCUGUUUCCAGUGAAGAAGAGGUACCUUCAGAAAUUUCCGCUGUUGAUGUUGAUAUCACUGCGGAAUCCACUGAUAAGGCACAUAAAAAGAAAAAGAAGCAUAAAAAGGCCACUCCUUCAGAAAUUUCCAUGCUUGAUGUUGAUCUUACUGCUGAAUCCACUGACAAGCCACUUAAAAAGCAAAAGAAGAAUAAAAAGGCCACUGAUGGCAGUGGCAAGAAGAAAACAAAGAAGACCACAAACGGUAGUUCUGAUCUUGUUUCUGAAAAUACUACUGUGAAUAAGGACAAUGAGAAUAUAGUUGCUUCUAACGGUGAGAAUUCUAAUAAUGAACAGAUUGGUGAUGGAAAUAUGAUAGCCUUGGAUGAAUCUGUGAUAUCAAACCUUCAGAUUCAAUUUGAGAAGGUUGCUUCUGAAGCUGAUUUUGGAGACAAUGUUGUGAGCCCUGUAAUAUCAACCAAUGGCUCGGUCAAGAAAAGAAAGAGAGCAAAGAAUGUUGAUGGGCUGCAGAAACAUGAUGUAGUACUUCCUAGCGAAGUAGACGCUGAAGGAAAUACGGCUGUGAAAAGUGGAGAGAAGAGUGUUAAGAAGGUAAGGUUUUCCAUGAAAAAUAACUUGGUAUGGAAACCCCAUAAUCCCUUACCACCUGAAAGUUUGAGACUGCCUCCCUCUGUUACUCCAAGGGGAAGUGCACUUAAGAAAGGAAUACCUCCAGGUCCUAUCUUGGAAUUCCCUGCCACAGCUAAAAGGACAAAAAGGAGAGCUGUUGCAAUGAGGGCUAAGAAAGGUGUAAGAAGCUUGCCUGUCAAACGUGUGAAGAAAUUGAAAUCUAAGAGUACUUAGAAGUUUUUUGUUAGAGGGUAUGAAGUUGCAGAGGUCCAAAGCUUACAGAUUUUUGUCAUUUAAUGAUUGUCUUAAUUACUUCCUUUCAGUUCGGGCUUUGUUCUCGCAUUGAUUUCCAUGAACUCAACCAUGGAAAAAGAAUGAAGAUUCUGAUGCAUUGAGUUGAGUACGUGAAAUUUAUGCCCCCAUGGAAUUCUAGCUUAAAUGAAAUUCUUUUCUUUUUGCUUUUCAUUUGAAUCUUUGCGCCUGGUCCCCCCUUUUUCUUGUUUUUUUCUUAGGGUUCUUGUGGUACAGGGCCGUGAGAGACUGGUUUUGCAGCAUAAUUGGCAUGGAUGCGCCAAACAGAGGUGAUUAUGGCUUAGAAGAUGGCUAUUGAAAUGUGAGAAGGAUUGGAAAUGACGAAACUCCACAGCUUCCAAUUAUGAAAAGCUGUCUUUUGCACAAGUUAUUCCAUGCUGUAUACCAUAUUAGUUACUCCUAGCCAACUAUUGAGAUGAUGGUUUUAAGGUGAAUGCAUUUUUGUUUUACUGCUAGAAGUAUUCAUAUGGACGAAUAACUACGAAAGCAUAUUCUCAUCAUCUUGUGUAAUGGCCCUUGGAUUUAUCUUCGUUCUGUAGAGAAUAAACAGUAAUAUGAUCUGUGUGCAAUAGAAGCAUUGUAUAGUACAAAUAUAUUAGGGGUGAAUUGGUUGUUCUUGGACGAACCAGCGGAACGAAUUGGUUUGACUGAACCAAAUCAAGCAGUACUAGGAGAAUCGGGUGCCAGUAAACUGGUUUUGUUCAGCUAAACCGGUGGUUGAUCAAGUAGGGAAACAGAUGGAUGCUUGAUUGGUGGCCAAAUUGUGGGACAAUGGGCAUUGCUUGGAAGAUGUUGAUGAGCUUUGUUGUUGUUGACAUAUCCAAGUCUAUACAGAGAGGUAUAAAGCUCAACCUAAUAGACCGAUGGGAGGGAGUAGAGAAGAGCAUCAAGGACUGUUCAAAACGAUUACCAAGAAGAAACGUAAAGGGAGGGGAAUGAACGAAGAGACGAGGGGGAGGCCGAAUCGAAUGAAGGGUUGGCGACAAAUUUCAACGAUCAGGCUCACUUAGCUAAACAUCAAAUAUACAAUACAACAAAGAUUACACUGUUUACAAAAACCUGAAUGUGCAGCCAUGUACAACUACAAAAGGUUAUGUAUAAUAAUUGAUAAGAUUGGUGACA